AUGGACUACGACAUCUCCAGGAAACCUAUAGACCGGACGUACAAGAGCUGCAGGUCCAGGGCCCUGGUACUGCUUAUCGUUGUUGCCACGAACACCGCAUCCAUAUCCAUCCUCCUCUUCUCCGACGCCGGCUUAUCAGCUAUUGGCAAUCGCUUCAGCGGUCACAACCGGCCGUGCAUCCCCUUCAAGAACCCAGGCAACCUGUCCCUCCGUGAUCUCAACGUCACGGAGUACGCGCUGGCUGCGAGCCAUGCCGAGCUUGUACACCUGCAUGGCCGCCUCGCCAUCGCCAACGCUCUCGUCGAGACGCUCCUGGGAGACAAAGCCAAUGCCAGCAACAUGGCAGCGGCUGGGGAUGAGGAGAAGCAAGUGGCGGCCGAUAGCCUGUGGCAGCGGGAGCUCACAGGCGAGCUCAAGCUGGCUGUCGGCCCCCACAAGCUGCCAUUGGGCUCCACGCCUAACAUGAGGACCGACGAACUGUUCCCGACAUUGGGGCAAGCGUGCAGCCGAUUCCCGGACGAGCUGCAGCGCUACAUGAACUACAAGCCCGGCGGUGAGUGUCCGUCCGACGAGCUGUUCGCUCAGCGGCUGAUGCUCAAGGGAUGCGAGCCACUGCCACGGCGGAGGUGCCGGCCGCGCUCUCCAGAAGGGUACGUCGAGCCAACACCGCUGCCGGCGAGCCUAUGGGCCAUUCCACCAGACACCAGCAUCCUAUGGGACGCGUACACGUGCAAGAACUACUCCUGCCUGGUGAACCGCGGCAAGACCACAGGCACUCACCACUACGACUGCAAAGACUGCUUCAACCUGAUCAACAGCCGAGAGAAGCGCCGGUGGACGCGCGAUGACGGGGCACUCUCCUACUCUAUCGACGCCGUGCUUGCGACUAAACCGAACGGCACGGUGCGCAUCGGGCUCGACAUCGGCGGCGGGUCUGGCACGUUCGCUGCACGGAUGCAGGAACGUGGAGUCACCGUGGUCACCACGUCCAUGAACUUCGACGGCCCAUUCAACAGCUUCAUCGCGUCGCGAGGUCUUGUGCCCAUGCACCUCAGCAUCGUGCACCGUCUGCCCUUCUUCGACGGCACCCUCGACAUCGUGCACUCGAUGCAUGUGCUCAGCCACUGGAUCCCUGAUGUGAUCCUUGAGUUCGCGUUGUUCGACAUCUACAGGGUGCUGAGGCCUGGAGGAUUGUUCUGGCUCGACCACUUCUACUGCCUAGGUGGACAGAUGAACACGACGUACGUGCCCAUGUUCGACCGGAUUGGUUUCAACAAGGUGCGGUGGAAUGCUCGCCCGAAGCUGGACCGGGGGAUCAAGUUUGACGAGUGGUACCUCUCAGCACUGCUGGGAAAGCCCAGCACCUAG